AUGGCAGACCAGGAAGAGGACUUCUCCCAGCUCCCGCUACCCGACCGCUUCGUCCACAAGAACUGGAAAGUCCGCAAGGAGGCCUAUGAGGCGGCGGUGAAAGAUUUCGACAAGGCGCAGGACGAGUCAGACCCCGUGGUACGGCAGUUCAUACAGGACCCUGGCUUGUGGAAAGGCGCUGUCGCGGACUCGAACGUCGCGGCGCAACAGGAGGCGCUCAGCGCGCUGUGUUCGUUCUUGCAGAUUGCGGGGCCACAAGGAUGCACGAGAACACGAAACCUCACGAUAGUACCUAUAGUCGAAAAAGGCCUCACAGGACGACCGGCGGCGAAGCAGAAGGCGCUUGAAGCGCUAUUACUCUACAUUGAACUGGACAAAGCAGAUCCGGUCAUAGAAGAACUCCUACCGAUCCUCUCUCACAAGCAGCCCAAAAUUAUCGCGGCAACACUAAACGCGUUAACGUCAAUAUACAAUUCUUACGGCUGCAAGACCGUCGAGCCGAAACCGGUACUCAAAGUCCUCCCCAAGGUCUUCGGCCAUGCGGACAAGAACGUGCGCGCCGAGGCUCAGGCGCUUACAGUGGAGUUCUACAGAUGGUUAAAGGAGGGAAUGAAGCCGCUCUUCUGGAACGACCUCAAGCCGGUUCAGCAACAGGACCUGGAGAAGCUAUUUGAAAAGGUGAAAGAUGAGCCAGCGCCCAAGCAGCAGCGGCUUCUACGGUCACAGCAGGCAGUGCAAGAGUCAGCAGCGCCAUCUGCAGGCGGCGGCGCUGAUGCUGAUGGAGGCGCGGAAGAUGAAGAAGAUGCAGGGAUUGAUCUCGAGCCAGAGUUCAUGGCAGUGGACGUCAUGCCGAAGAUACCCAAGGACUUUCAAGAACGCAUAUCAUCUUCGAAAUGGAAAGAUCGCAAAGAAGUCCUCGACGAACUUCACACUGCCAUAAACUAUCCAAAGAUAGAAGAAGGCCAAUUCAGCGAUAUCAUCAGUGCCCUAGCCAAGUGCAUGAAGGACGCCAACAUCGCCGUAGUCACAGUCGCUACCAACUGCGUGGAGCUCUUUGCGAAAGGUCUGCGAAAGGGCUUCGCAAGGUUCCGGGGAACGAUCAUCCCGCCGAUGAUGGAGCGAUUGAAGGAGAAGAAGCAGUCUGUCACCGACGCUAUCGGUGCAGCGCUCGAUGCAGUGUUCCAAGCGACCAGCUUAGCAGAAUGCUUGGAAGACAUCCUCGAAUUCCUAAAGCACAAGAAUCCACAGGUUAAACUCGAAUCCACCCGCUUCCUGAUCCGCUCUCUGAAGACAACCCGAACAGCUCCCGAGCCACCAGAGGUCAAGUCCAUAGCCGAUGCAGCGACGAAGCUCCUUACGGAGUCCCAAGAGACCCAGCGUUCCGCGGGCGCAGAAGUUUUGGGAACGCUCUGGAAGAUCAUGGGCGAUAGAAUCAUGUCCCCGCAUCUUGAAGGCCUAGACGAAAUCCGCAAGACCAAGAUUAAGGAAUUCUUCGAGGCGGCGGAGGUCAAGGCGAAGUGGAAACCCAAGGCCGCAGCACCUCCUCCAAAGCCCGCAGCAUCAGCCGGACCGCCGAAGAAGACACUUGGAAAGAAACCCGCACCCGCCGGUCCAAAGAAAUCCGCACCCCCCUCCGCCACCGCAACCCCCCCAGCAGAAGACCCAGCACCAGCACUAGCACCACGCCCAACAUCCCGUCCAGGCGCCAGCAAACUCGGCGGCCCGAAGCCAUCCGGUCUCACCGCGCCCUCAGGCCUCACCCGUCUCCAAAAGAAACCCACCUCCUCAACCUCCUCCUCCGGCGUCACGAGCCCCAAACGCCAACAACCGACUCCCCCCGCUGAAGACCCCACUCCUGCGCCCGCCCUAAAGCUAAGUUCACUAGGCAGCCGCGGCGGUCUCACCGGCCGGCCCCUCGGCAAACCCACCCCCCCGCCUACCUUCGAUGCACCCCUUGCCCCAUUCGCAGCCCCCACCCUCUCCCCCGCCGAGAAAGCAGAACUCGACCAUCUCCGCGAAGAGAUCGAAGCCAUGCGCCGCGACAAAGAGGAAUGGCGACACGAGCGGUCCCGGCUAAACUCCCAGAUCCAUGAGCUACAGCUGCAGAACGCGCAGCUGAUCGAGGAUCAUACGCGGGAUGUACUCAGCCAGAAGGCCAAGGAGACGCAACUUGUGCGCGCCCGCGGCGACGCCGAGGCCGCGGGGCAGGAGGCCGAGAGCGCGAGACGGGAAGUCGAUCGGCUCAAGCGCGAGUUGAGCCGCCUGAAUCGUGCCGCGUCGCCGGCGGGGUUUGAGAGGAAUGGGAGUGGAGGCAUGGGCGAUGGGGUUCUGGCGGACGGGGCAGCGGGCGUCAAUGGCGCGGGCGCGGGGACGGGCUUGUUUGGCCCAGGCAGGAGCAGGAGCUAUCUCGACCGCUCGGCGUCAGGCGAAGGUAAAGAGAACCUCUUCAGCCCUGUGGCUAUCGGGAGCCUCAAGCUGAGCCCCGUGCGUGUAGCGGCAUCUGGGUACGACCGUCCACCCGCGCAGCUGGAGCGCGCGCACACACUUGCGUCCAUACGCCCCGCCGAGAACGGGCGAGCUUCGCCGGCGUUGAGUGGCGAUGCGAACGGGGGCGCGGAAAGGCCGGGGUUACUGCCUAGAGCGGAGAGUUCGAGAGAGUUGGCGGGGGGCGCGCGCAGGGGAGAUGCAGAUGGCGGGGAGAGCUGGAAGAGGGCGGCGGAGGUGACGCAGAAUUUGAAGACGAGGAUUGAGCUUAUGAAGGCGAAGCAACUGAGUCGGCAGGCGAGCCAUUAA